UCCAGCGGAUGCUACGAUACUCUUAAUUGAACCCAAAAAGGAAAAGUAAAAAAAAAAAGCCCAACCGUCCAAAAUUUUCUCAAUCAUCUCAAAAAUCUCACUUGAUCUGCGUCCACACAAAAAUCAAACGCUAAAUUUGUUGUUAUUAUACUAUUUAUUUCCUGUAGAUUUCAUUUGGGUCUUCUUCUAUCUUCAAGAACUGAAAAAAUUUGAUCUGCCUUCUGUAUCAUCUUGGAUUUGAAGCAACUAGGAAGAAAUGGUAACUUUAGGGUUAAUUUCUGGGAAGAAGCUAUCGACUGUGACCGUGACCUUCAAAUUACCCUAUUUUACUCAGUGGGGUCAGAGCCUGCUCAUUUCGGGCAACCACCCAAUUCUUGGAUCAAGCAAUGUGAAACAGGGUUUGUUUUUGACUCCAUUUCACCAAGGAGAUGAGCUCAUUUGGUGUGGGAAGAUCACUGUAGCAAUUGGGUUUGAAUGCGAAUAUAGUUAUUAUUUGGUUGAUGAUGAUAGAAAUGUUUUGAGAUGGGAAGCUGGAAAGAAAAGGAAGCUAAUUCUUCCUGCAGGAGUCAAGGAAGGAGAUGUAGUGGAAAUUCGUGAUCUCUGGCAGACUGCUUCAGAAACACUUUUCCUCCGAAGUGCAUUCACAAAUGUCAUUUUUAGUGAUGGUCAGAACUUUGAACCAGAAAUUUCUUCUACUUUUUCUCAGAGGGACAUGGACAGGGAAGAUUAUAUUGUCAUCCAGUUCAAGAUUAGUUGCCCCAUGAUCAAACGAGGAACAUCUGUUGCUGUGAUAGGCGCUGCAUCUCCAUUAGGCCAAUGGAGGCCUCAAGAUGCACUAGAACUUACAUAUGCUGGUGACUCUAUUUGGCAAGCUGAUUGCCUAGUGCGAAAAAAAGAGUUUCCGAUAAAAUACAAGUAUUGUAAAAAUUGUAAAGAUCAAGGCAUGUCAAUGGAAAUCGGUCCCAGUCGGGAGCUAGUCCUAGAUUUGGCGUCGAAUAAUCUACCAACUUAUGUUUCCCUGUCGGAUGGUCCCUUCCGGGAAAUGCCUUGGAGGGGUGCUGGUGUUGCUAUACCAAUGUUCUCCAUUAGGUCUAAUGAUGACCUUGGAGUAGGAGAAUUUCUUGAUCUUAAGUUGUUGGUUGACUGGGCGGUGAAGUCAGGUUUUCAUCUCGUUCAACUUUUACCUGUCAAUGAUACUUCAGUUCAUAAGAUGUGGUGGGAUUCAUAUCCAUAUAGCUCUCUCUCUGUGUUUGCACUUCAUCCCUUGUAUCUGAGAGUACAAACACUUUCGGAAAACAUAUCAGAAGAUAUCAAGAUGGAGAUCUUACAGGAAAAGGAAAAGCUUGAUGGAAAGGAUGUUGAUUAUGAGGCCGUGAUGGCUGUUAAAUUAUCUAUAGCAAAGAGAAUAUUUGAUCUGGAGAAGGAUGAGAUUCUCAAUUCUGCUUCAUUCCGAAAGUUCUUCUCUGAGAAUGAGGAAUGGUUGAAGCCUUAUGCAGCCUUCUGCUUUUUGAGGGAUUUCUUUGAGACAUCAGAUCACUUCCAGUGGGGCCGUUUUGCUCAAUUUUCAAAGGAGAAGCUUGAGAAGCUUGUUUCAAAGGAGAGUUUACACUAUGACGUCAUCUGUUUUCACUAUUAUAUUCAGUUCCAUCUGCAUUUACAAUUGUCAGAAGCAGCUGCUUAUGCAAGAAAGAACAAAGUUGUAUUGAAAGGGGAUCUACCAAUAGGCGUGGACAGAAACAGUGUUGAUACUUGGGUGUAUCCUAAUUUAUUCCGUAUGAACACAUCUACAGGAGCACCUCCAGAUUAUUUUGAUAAGAAUGGGCAGAACUGGGGUUUUCCCACUUAUAAUUGGGAGGAAAUGUCAAAAGAUAACUAUGGUUGGUGGAGAGCUCGUCUAUCGCAGAUGGCAAAAUAUUUCUCCGCUUACAGAAUUGAUCAUAUAUUGGGUUUCUUUAGAAUCUGGGAGCUACCUGAACAUACCCUUACUGGUUUGGUUGGAAAAUUUCGUCCAUCCAUUGCUUUGAGUCAGGAUGAACUUGAGCAAGGAGGCAUCUGGGACUUUGAUCGCCUGACUCGUCCAUAUAUUCGACAACAUAUUUUACAGGAGAAAUUUGGAUCAUUUUGGCCAAUUAUUGCUUCAAAUUUUUUGAAUGAAUAUCAAAAGGACUGCUAUGAGUUCAAGGAAGACUGCAAUACGGAAAAGAAAAUUGUUGCUAAACUCAGGCCGGGUCCUGAAAAGUCAUUCUGGUUGGACAAAGAGGACAAGAUACAACGGGACCUCUUUGACCUUCUAAAGGAUAUAGUUCUUAUCAGGGAUCCUGAAGACAGUAGAAAAUUUUACCCCCGUUUCAAUCUUGAAGACACAUUAAAUUUUAGGGAUUUAGAUGAGCACAGCAAAAAUGUACUGAAAAGAUUGUACUAUGAUUACUAUUUCUCUCGUCAAGAAGAUCUGUGGCGUCAAAAUGCGCUGAAAACCCUUCCUGCUCUAUUGAGCUCAUCAGAUAUGUUGGCAUGUGGUGAAGAUCUUGGGCUAAUUCCGGCUUGUGUUCAUCCUGUCAUGCAAGAGCUGGGCUUGAUAGGGUUACGCAUCCAGAGAAUGCCAAGUGAAUCUGGUGUAGAGUUUGGCAUUCCGUCUAAAUACGACUAUAUGACGGUAUGUGCGCCAUCAUGCCAUGAUUGUUCGACCAUGAGAGCAUGGUGGGAAGAAGAUGAGGAGAGAAGAUGGCGUUUCUAUAAGAGUGUGGUUGGAUGCAAUGACGAACCCCCUUCUCGCUGCAUUCCCGAGGUUGCACACUUCAUUCUUCAACAACAUUUCCACGCUCCAUCAAUGUGGGCAAUUUUCCCACUUCAGGAUUUGCUUGCUCUGAAAGAGGAAUACACAACUCGACCUGCAGCAGAGGAGACUAUCAAUGAUCCUACAAACCCAAAACACUAUUGGCGAUUCCGAGUACAUGUAACUAUAGAGACACUGUUAAAAGAUGAGGAUCUAAAAAUGACCAUAAAAGAUCUUGUGGCGACUAGCGGGAGAUCAUAUCCUGGGAUUGACAUGCAAAAAGAAGUUUUUAGCAAAACGACUCAGAACACAAUGAAAGAGCAGAUUGCAAACAGGAAGGAAAAGGCAAAUUCCGCCCAUUUAAAUGGUAACCACUAAAUCUAGUGAGCUUGCUGUCUCGCUAUUGUCAUAUGAUAUUUCUUUUCCUAUCCUACUAUCCUGGCAUUCUCGGCUAAAGAAUGAGUGUCACUGAAACUACUUGAUAAGCAUAAAAUAAUCUUACCUUAUCAGUGACCAAUUUUGUCCUGUAUACUGCUCAUAUAUUGGUGCACUCAAUAAAACCAAUUUUAGCCUAUAUUAUGUUUC